UGCACAACCCACGAACCAGGACAGAGACACCUCUUGCUCUCCUAUUCAAUUUUGCCUUCUUGUUCGUUGUACCCUUCUCUCCUCCCCUCUCUCUCUCUACCUCUCUCUCUCUCUCUCUCAAUUGUCUCUCUGCAGCAUGUGGCCAUCUCCAAAAAGAAACAUUAAAGGUAGUUUCAACAACAAAAAUUACAUCUCUAGCUCUUCUCCUUCAAAAUCCUCCUCUUCUGCAACUUCCUUUUUAUCUCAAACUACAAAUGAUAAUUACCCAAGAAAAUCUAUGGAAGAAGUUUGGAAAGAUGUUAACCUAGCUUGUCUUCAGGACCGCCCUAGCACGACCCCAAGAAACACCAACAACCACCCUGCUUUUCCUUGUAUGAUUCUACAAGAUUCUUUGGCUAGACCUUUUGAGAAAGACCCACCAACACCACCAAUUACUCAUGUCUCCUUCUCUGCUCGUGCCAUUGAUCGUGAUCGUUUCUUGAAUUCUUCAAGGCCAAGACCUGCUACUAUGUUAGGCUUGAAUAAUUCUUCUCGGUCUGAUUCUCAUUACAUUGGGAACAGCGCACCCAUUAGUACUAGACCAAAUCAUCAUUCGCAUAGUCAUUCAAGAAUUGAGACACCGACCCCUUUUGGUUCUUCUCUUAUUUCUCCAUUUGAUGUUUUGGGUUCUUCUUCUCUUUUACUACCUCCCAAUAUUAACAAGAAAUGGCCUCAAGAAAAUCAUGACAAUUCUAGUGAUCGAAGACAUAAACGCAUGAUCAAGAAUAGAGAAUCAGCUGCUCGGUCCAGAGCUAGAAAGCAGGCUUACACACAAGAGUUGGAACUAGAAGUAGACAAACUUAUGGAAGAGAAUGCUAAGCUUAGAAGGCAGCAAAAAAAGUUCUUGGCAGCUCCUGCUCAGCUUCCAAAAAAGAACAAUCUAUAUAGAACCUUAACCGCUCCAUUUUGAGAAGUAAGAAUAAAUCCAGUUUUGAUUUUACUUCCAUCUCUUGUUUGUUUUUUUUCUUAACUCUUUUCUUUCUUCAAUUUCACUACCUAAACAAAUUGCCAUUACAAGAGCGAUUGAGAGAGACUGAGUGAAAGGAAAAUGUUUUGAAAUGUAUCACCACUGGGCUUCUGAUAUUAUUCUUAGAUACAUCUCUAUCGACCAGUUGGGAAUAGAGGACAAAAGAGAAAAGAAAAAAAGGAGGCCAAGGAGGAAAAGGAGAAGCUUUUGGAUUCCAAACUCAGAUGACAAAUUGUGGGUAUUUUGUUGAUUUUCAUUUUUCUUUAAUAUGUAAUGUUGUCUAAAUUGUACGUGCUGAUGCUUUUUCUCUCCCCAGUUAGGACGCAAGUAGUGGGGGGAGAGAGAUAGAGAGAGAAAUUAGGAUGUAAAUGAUUUCAAGGGGAAUCAACAUUUGCUCCUUCGUUUGUC